GCUCUGUGGGGAGAGUAAGCACGGGGGGUCGGUAAGUCAUUGUUUGGGGGGAUUGACAGAAAAGAUAGACACGAAUAAAUACAUGUAUAUAUAUCCGAGGCCGCAUUCUUUCUUUUUGUUGGUAUUCCUCUGUUUUCUACAAACACCUGUAACACAAGUCGUCACAAUGGUUUCCGCCAAGAUCAUCACCGCUGCCCUCUCCCUCGUCGUCGCCGUCGCCGCUUCGCCCGCCAAGCGCGAGUCUUGCGUCUACCGCUGCGGCGGUGUCUGCUACUGGCAGUCCGACAUUGACGCUGCUGUCCAGAAGGGUUUCUCUGACCUCCAGAACGGCCAGACUGAGCACAGCUACCCCCACCAGUACAACGACCGUGAGGGCUUCGACUUCCCUACCUCUGCCCCUUGGUACGAGUACCCCAUCCUCUCUUCCUACAAGGUCUACUCUGGCGGCUCCCCCGGUGCCGACCGUGUCAUCUUCGACUCCCAGGGCAACCUUGACUCCCUCAUCACCCACACCGGUGCUUCCGGCAACAACUUUGUUGCUUGCGACCAGCAGUAAAUACAGCCUUAGCUUAGGGCGACCCCCAAAAGCGUGAUGGUGGAGAGAACAAUGAGUUCACCACUCGCGUAGAGGGGCAUUUAUUUGUAUUUUAGAUUACAAAAGUAUAUAUCAUGAUGAAAUGCAAACUUUCCAAAACGAUCAUUCUCAGAUUCCAAACUCCGCCCG